GUGUGUGUGUUAUCGUAAAGAGGCAAACACAUGUUUGCAAACAAACAUAUGCUCGUUGGGAACCAAAAGAAAGAAAAACAUUUACGAAUUUGCGAUCCGCUGGAGAACCGCGCUUUGGGGAGAACCUGAGUGACAGCCCCUCGCAUUGGGCACUAAAAUAGUUUAAUAGAGGCUAGAUCUCGUGUCCCGACUUAAUUGAAAUUUAUUUGUUGUGAUGCGGUCGCCGCUGGGGGUUCCACAGUCGUAGAGCCAGGGUACUAGUCUCCGCACAUCUUCUUCCUUCACCUCUUUCUCCCAAAUUCUUAAUUAACCGGAGGCAUUGAGCAUGUUAAUAUUAAUUGGAAGCAAUCAAUGUGCCUGAGACUCUCGAAUCGAACGGAACGGAAGCAAGAUCCCCGAAGAACCAUCCACAUCGGAAUUGCACAUCAGACCAUUUUCUAGAUCCAUGGAGGAGGAACGCAACGAGAAGAAGGUGCUCUGUGAGAAGAUCAUCAGGGACAUCAACGCGGUGUUCCUCAAGGAUCAGGAUCUAGCCUCCUUUGAGAUCAUACCCAAGGAAACAAACUGCAACAAGUCCCCGGUGGUGCAUGUGGAGCAUAAUCUGGGUCUGGAAUCGUGGUGUGCGCAGCAUGUUUACGACCACGCCCACCGGACCCUUAUCUCCCACCGUCGGCAGACGUCAGCCCAGCAGCUCCGGACUCUCCAGCAACAGCAGCAGAGUGACUCCCUUGCCAAAUAUCUGAAUGUAGCCUUGCUGAUAAAUCCAGAUGUGACCACCUUUUGGCACAUUCGUCGACAAUUGGUGCAAAAGAACCGGCUGAGCAUCAACAAGGAGCUACAAUUUUCCGCCCUCGUUCUGUCUAUAAAACCCAAGUCGAACGAGGCAUUUGCCUACCGUCGUUGGCUGUACUCCUUCCAAAGUGCCGAUGCUAUCGAUUGGCCCAAUGAAAUUGGGAUCUGCGAAAGGGCCGCCGAUAGGUGCGCUAGUAACUACCACGCAUGGUCGCACCGCCAGUGGAUCCUGCAAAGUGGCCCAUGCCUGCUCCAAUCGGAACUGCUUCGAACGGAGAAGUUUAUGCGCAAGCACAUCAGUGAUUACAGCUGCUAUCAUUACCGCCAGGUGCUCCUGGGUCGCGCCUAUGAGCUCAACUUUACCCUGCCCAACGACUCCGUAGCCAGUGGCUCAUCUCCGUUGGCCAGUCUGCAACAACUAAUGGUCAACUAUGGCCUUAAAUGCGAACCCAAAGCCGAUGAACUCUUGGAGCUGCUCCUGCCCGGAGUUGACCGGAGUUCCAUUAGCAGCCAAAAGCUGAGAUCAUUCCUCUACUGCUGCAAUGUGGCCGCCAACGAUAUGCGGCUGUGUGCAGAGCAACGAUUAAUGUACGGACCACGGGACUGUUUCGAGCUACAUCGCCGUGCAGCCCUCAAGUUCGUCGUAGAACAGUGCGUUCGCCUGCAGAUAGGGUUGGCCAGCGGUCAACAGUUUCCCAUGGCGGCAGACGAUCUGCGAUCGCACUUAGAAAACUUUGACUUUGAAAACCAUCCGUUUUUGGGUGCCGUGCGACGGGAGGAGUCCUCUUUAGGCGGCAAGCACAGGCGCUGGUGUAACCUCCACUUAAGCUUUGGCUAUCCGGCGGAUUAGACAGCGGGACCUGAAAACCUUGAGAAAAGCUCAAAACAAUCUAUCCUCAAUCCCCAGUAGGAUUAUUUACUCUUUGCCUGUUUCCGUUUUACAUCCGUUUCAAACUGUUUCAAGUGCAUUUAAAUUACGUGUAAUCUUUAAUCUGUGCUUUAUAAAAGAAAUUUUUUGAAAACCAGAAUUUGUUGCAAGCAGUAAUGGCUUUUUAUGUUAGAAAAAAAUAGAAAAGACGAUUUGAAACGGAUUUGGAAACGGAAAAGGUUCUCUAUAUAAAUAUUCUAUAUAUGCGCCCCAAAGACAAAGUUCAACUAGCCCGAUAAGAUGACCGGGUCCCUACUGGUCCACCCAUUGCAUUUCGAUAUCUGUUAGCGUUAACUGUUCUGGCAUAAUUUGUUAGCCUUUUGUUCAGAAGUACGGUUUUAAUAUUAUCGCCAUACCUUGCACGUGUUUGUUGUUAGCCAAUUUGCAGUUAGUUUUUAAAUAAAUCCAACCAAUAGACGA